AUGUCAAUAGGCCAGUCAGGCGCUGUGUCGCUCUCGCCCUUCAAGGAGCAUGAAAAACUCGAUCUCAACGUAGAACUCGGUGGUCUAGAGGCGCGCAAGAAGCUGGAGCGUAGACUCUUACGGAAACUUGAUCUGCGCAUGUCUAUCCUGGUUGUUAUGUACAUCCUCAAUUAUAUUGAUAGAAAUAAUGUUAGUGCGGCGCGUUUACGAGGGCUCACCACCGAUCUUCAUCUCGAGGGUCAACAGUUCGCAACGUUGUUGUCCAUUCUCCUUGUCGGAUAUAUUAUCAUGCAGAUCCCCUCUAACAUGUUUCUCAAUUACAUUGGAAAGCCUUCGCUUUAUCUGCCGGCUUUUAUGGUGGUCUGGGGCAUUAUAUCGGCGCUGACUGGGAUCACUACAAACUUCACUGGAGUGCUCCUAACACGAUUCUCUCUCGGCUUCGUAGAAGCAGCGUUUUUCCCCGGUGUUGUAUUCUUGAUUUCGAAGUGGUUCGUGGACUAUCGAUAUUAUCAACAGAUGGCGUCAAAUUUCAUUUACAGGUACAAGAGAACAGAGAUAGGUCUCAGAUUGGCCAUCCUCUCUUGCGGAUCUAUCCUGAGCAGUGCCUUCGGAGCUCUCAUUGCAUCAGGUAUUCUUGGUGGCAUGAAUGACGACCUCGGACAUGCAUCAUGGAGGUGGCUUUUCUACAUUGAAGGAGCUCUGACUGUUUUCGUUGCGAUAUGUGCUGUCUUUAUUGUUCCAGACUUUCCAUUGACGACAAGGUGGCUUUCUGAUGACGAGCGUAGGCUUGCAUUGAAGCGUAUGGAGGAGGAUGCUGGUGUCGGCGAUGAGACAGAAACUGAGCAGGGCGGCCGUGGUCACGGCCUUUACCUUGCUGUGACCGACUGGAAGGUGUGGUGGAUCGCAUUGGCAACGGCCGGUCAGAUGGUAUCAUUGUCCUUCACUAUCUACUUCCCCACCCUUAGUGCGACGCUUGGGUACAAUCCAACGGUGACGCUGCUCCUUGUUGCGCCUCCAUUCGUAAUUGCCGCAAUCGUCACACUUGCGUUGUCUAUGCACUCUGAUAAAACACAAGAGCGGUUCUACCACAUGAGCGCUUCGUACAUCGUUGGUAUAAUUGGGUUCAUUAUUGCAUUAUGCACCACGAACACUGUGGCCAGAUAUCUAUCUCUAUUCCUCAUGGCGCAAUCCAAUGCAGGACUUAUGUUGCUGCUCGCAUGGAUCAGUAACACAUUUCCUCGACCCCCAUCAAAGCGUGCAGUAUGCUUUUCGCUCAUCAACGUAGUGGCGCAACUCGGCGGCAUUGCAGGAUCGUAUGUCUGGCCAUCAAAUUGGGGCCCUACAUAUCGAUACUCGUACGGCAUCUGCCUCGCCGCUAGCAGCACCUCGAUUAUAAUGAGUUGGGUUUUCAGACAGCAUUUGAAGACAUUGAACAGGAAGCUUGAGCAGGAAGAGCAGGAGAGGGGGAUCAAAGAACAGGGAUUCCGUUACGUUCUGUGA